AGAAGGCCCUGCGCUGUGACGCCAUUCCUAGGGCGCCAAAUCCACAGCAGCUAGAAACACAGCACGAAGAGAGGAGAGCUACAUCCUGAGCGCUGAGGCUGAACUUUCUGCUGUUUUAUCCACAAAAACACACACCUGACAGCGCAGCAGUCAUGGACCUCGGUGAGUUUGAAGCAGACAACUCCGUCAGCUGCCGUCUGGUCUCUGAAAUCCCUCAGAUCUGCAGGACGGAGGACUGCUGCCUGGGCAUCGACGAGGCGGGCAGGGGGCCUGUGCUGGGCCCCAUGGUUUAUGGAAUAUGUUACUGUCCGGUUUCCAAAAAAGAGGAGCUGAAGGAUUUGAAAGUUGCAGAUUCGAAGACACUAACCGAGGCAGAAAGAGAGAAUCUCUUUCAGAAACUGGAUGAGGCCAGAAGUUUUGUCGGCUGGGCUCUGCAGAUUCUCUCACCCAACACCAUCUCCACCAGCAUGUUACAGAGGGCGAAAUACAACCUGAACUCCCUUUCACACGAUGCAGCAAUUGGUCUAGUACAGUAUGCCCUGGACAGCGGGGUGCAGCUAAAGGAGGUAUUUGUGGACACAGUCGGCCCUGCAGAAAAGUACCAAGAAAAGCUCUCCCAGCGGUUCCCAGGCUUGGAGGUGACAGUGCGGCCAAAGGCUGACUCCCUCUUCCCCAUUGUCAGCGCUGCCAGUAUCUGUGCCAAGGUGGCCAGAGAUCACGCUGUGAAAGGCUGGAAUUUUAUGGAGGACCUGGGAGACGUUGACACAGACUACGGCUCAGGAUACCCCAAUGACCCCAAGACUAAAGCGUGGCUGCUGAAGUACCUGGACCCUGUGUUUGGUUAUCCGCAGUUUGUCCGCUUCAGCUGGAGCACUGCUCAGACCCUGCUGGAUGGGAAGGCUGCCACUGUCCACUGGGAUGAUGAUGAAGAAGAUGGGGAGAAGGCAGCUGCGCGGCAGAACAACAAGUCCAUGUUGUCCUACUUCAGCCGGGCAGCAGGAGGUAACGACCAGAGCUCCACCCACCAGACACACCGCUUCUUCACAGAGCGGAGGCUGCACAGCUUGGACGCACUGUGAGACACAUUACAAGAUGUGCACACUCACAUAAACUCAGUAAACUCAUCAUGAGAUUUCCAUGUACAGCCAAACAGAGUUUUAGUCACAGAUGUGGAUGGACUUUGCUCACAAAAGUUGUAAAUGCUGAUAAAAGUGUGCUGUUUGUAUCACCAGUGCGAACUUGAAUGGCUGUCUACCGUCAUUUGUCUUCUUUGUACAUGUUUUUUUAUAUAUAUAGAAGAAACAUUUUUUCAAAAUGCAUAUUUGUCUGUCUUGUAGCACUUUUUCAAAAAUUAUACCGUGAUUACACAAGCACAAAGGGCGCUGAUGGAAUGAGCUGCAGUGCUGCUGUCUUGAAUUUCAGUACUGCCCUCUGGUGGUGGUUGUGACAAAAAUACACAUGCACAUUUGAAAUGGC